CGGUGCUGCCGGUAGGAGGUUCCGACCGUGUCGUAACAAUAUGCCGCCGGCAGACCAUUUGCUGGUAGCGCAAUUGUACCCAUGUCUGAGAUCAUAUGUUAUCCACCUGAAUGGCUCUCAUGCGCCAGACUGCCCUAUUCAAAUUCAUGGUUGUGAUGAUGGCAACCACAAAUUGAACUGUACCGUUAAUCAAAAUGUCAUCACUUGGGACUUCCAACGCGACAGGGGCCCAUCUAACAAUCACGCCAGAAGAGCUGUUUGAGCUUCGGCAUGUCGCCAGAGGAACUACACAGCCGAGCCUGAUCAUCAGGCGCGGUACCAUUCUUGCGGUGCAUACCGGUGAAUUACUGAAGAGGGAUGUCAUCAUCAAAGGUAGACACAUUGCAGCUGUUACACCAUGGAAUUAUUUCCCAAGAACAAAGUACGCAGUAGACUCUCCGAUUGAAGAGAUUGAUGCCAGUGGAAAGUUCAUCAGUCCUGGCUUCAUCGACACACAUAUCCAUAUUGAGUACACGAAGUUGACACCGGGAGAACUGGCAAGGCUAUGCGUUCCGAGAGGAACCACAACCGUCUUAGCUGAUGCAAACUGCAUUGCGAAUGUUCUAGGAGGAAAAGGAAUGGACUUUAUGGGUACAACUACAACACCGCUUCGAAUUUUCCGGCAAGUCUCUCAUAAAGUCCCCAUGAGUGGUCCUGAUAUCGAGCUCGGAGGUACUUCGUUAUCUACCCAAGAGAUAUGUAGCCGCGUGUCCAGACGCGAGGCAGCGACGCUGGGCGAGUCGAAUCCUUUCUCUCUCGACAAAGCCUCUGCUGAAAAGCAAGCUGCUGCUCUGCAUGCAGGGAAACGCAUCACGGGCCAUUCGGCUUUGCUCGUUAAUGAGCCGCUAUGGGCUUAUUGUGCGGGAGGUAUCGGCGAUGACCAUAACGCUCACAGACCACAAGAUGUCAUUGAGCGUCUACGCCUGGGCAUGAUGUUGACGGUGAUGUCCGGAAGUAUGAACUCGAACAUUGAUUCUGUUUUUAACAAUUUCGAGCUGUACAAAGAUGGUCUCAAGUACAUCAGCUUUUGUGCCGAUGACAAAUAUUGCGAAGACCUCGAUAAAACCGGUCAUAUCGACCUGCACGUACGGAGAUCGAUCGAGCUUGGUGUGCCUGUCUUGGAAGCGUACAAAAUGGCAACGAUAAAUGCGGCAUCCUACUACCGACUUGACCAUUUGAUAGGGAGUGUCACGCCUGGGAAACUGGCCGACUUACUCAUUCUGGAUAGGCUCGAAGAUGCGCUUUCGAGCGUGGUUAUCGGAAAUGGGUUGGUCGUAGCCCAAGACAACAGAGCCCUCUUUUCCAAUAACGACCCCAUCCCCGACUUCACGCUGAACACAGUGAACAUCCACGACGAGCAUCUCGUGGCAUCUUCUUACCAUCUCUUUCCUCCUGCGGAUUUGACGGGACCCCCCUUGCAAGCAUGGGUUCAAUGUGUAGAAAUGUACGAUGGAUAUUUCAAGCGCGCCUUUCAUGCCUCGCUUCCUGUUGACUCCGAGCCACCACACAACAUCCUCUGUGACCUGGAGAAUGAUGUCUUGAAAGUGGUAAUUGUGGAUCGACACCAUGGCACGCCCAACCGUGGUAUUGCGUUCGUGCGAGGAUUCGGCUUGAAAAGGGGUGCCAUUGCCACGACUACGAACUGUGAGAAUCAGAAUCUGGUUGUAAUUGGCGUGGACGAUGAGUCGAUUGCUGCAGCAGUGCGUGCGAUGCAGAACCUGGGCGGUGGAAUGCUAGCGGUCGGGGAACAUGGGACAAGUGUGCUAGGGACAGUCAAGCUGGACGUUGCAGGCUGCAUGUCUUCCGACCCUUGGGAAAAGGUCAGGGAUGCUAGCUUGAAGUUGGACAAGGUGGUGAGAGAUGAGCUUGGGUGUACGAUGGACCAGAACCCUUUCUUGAUCGCCAGUUUUGUUGGUCUUGUCGCUGUGCCGGACCUGGGAUUGACGGAGCUGGGGCUCGUGGUAGGUGCUGGUGAAUCACUGAUGGAUCCAGUACUGAAGAUAGCGCCUGUUGCUACCACAAUAGGCAAUGGCACAGCAGAAAAUGCAGUACUUGAUCUGCAGGCCAUCAGAGUCUGCUGUAGAUGCCCGAGUCACAUUCACUCUGGGGCGAACUGAAUGAAAGUCGAGAAUUUGCAUCCGACUAAUACCAAACAAAUGAAGGGAGAACGGGAGCUGAAAAUUAGCAUCUAGUCUGCCAUCGAAGUCGAUUGUGUUUUGGCCGGGCACGAGAGUCGUCAUAAGGUAGCAACAUUCAUAAGAUGUCAGGUUCAUCUUGUUUUGUGCCUCGCAACCAUGUGCAAACGUGUGAGCAUUAAUGCAGA